GGCGGCUGCUAUACGGCGGCGGGGCUCUAGGUGUCCUGCCUGGGAGGGUCCCUGCUGCAUUGCAGCCGCCGCGCUGCUCCCUCUCCGCGCACACAAUGGCGACUCCCAGCCCCAGCAGCGGCUCCGGCGCGGGCGGCGGGAGCGGGCCGGGCCCGGGCGGCCCGCAGGCGCACGCCGCCGCCAGCAGCAUGCAGGGUAAACGCAAAGCGCUGAAGUUAAAUUUUGCAAAUCCACCUUUCAAGUCCACAGCAAGAUUUACUCUAAACACUUCUGGAGUUCCUUUCCAAAAUCCACACAUUGAUACACAAGCAACCCUGGGUAGUAAUCACAUUGUCCCGUUCAGUUUCAAAAGGAGAGAAGCGGACCUCAUCCAGAAACUUUCCAGCAGGCUACAAGAGAGACUGAGAACACACAGCAUUGAAUCAUCAGGAAAAUUGAAGAUUUCCCCUGAACAACAUUGGGAUUUUACAGCAGAGGACUUGAAAGACCUUGGAGAAAUUGGACGAGGCGCUUAUGGUUCUGUCAACAAAAUGGUCCACAAACCAAGUGGGCAAAUUAUGGCAGUUAAAAGAAUUCGGUCGACAGUGGAUGAAAAAGAACAGAAGCAGCUUCUGAUGGACCUUGAUGUAGUAAUGCGAAGCAGUGACUGCCCGUAUAUUGUUCAGUUUUAUGGCGCGCUCUUCAGAGAGGGUGACUGUUGGAUCUGUAUGGAGCUCAUGUCUACCUCGUUUGAUAAGUUUUACAAAUAUGUAUAUAGUGUAUUAGAUGAUGUUAUUCCAGAAGAAAUCCUAGGCAAAAUCACUUUAGCUACUGUGAAAGCACUAAACCACUUAAAAGAAAACUUGAAAAUCAUUCACAGAGACAUCAAACCUUCCAAUAUUCUUCUGGACAGAAAUGGAAAUAUUAAACUCUGUGACUUUGGCAUUAGUGGACAGCUCGUGGACUCCAUUGCCAAAACGCGGGAUGCAGGGUGCCGGCCGUAUAUGGCGCCUGAAAGGAUAGAUCCCAGCGCAUCCAGGCAAGGCUACGACGUCCGCUCAGAUGUCUGGAGCUUGGGAAUUACAUUGUAUGAGCUGGCCACAGGGCGGUUCCCCUACCCCAAGUGGAACAGCGUGUUUGACCAGUUGACACAAGUAGUAAAAGGAGACCCACCGCAGCUGAGUAACUCAGAGGAAAGGGAGUUCUCCCCAAGUUUCAUCAACUUCGUCAACUUGUGCCUUACAAAGGACGAGUCCAAAAGGCCAAAGUAUAAAGAGCUUCUGAAACAUCCCUUCAUCCUGAUGUAUGAGGAACGCACAGUGGAUGUUGCAUGCUAUGUUUGUAAAAUCCUGGAUCAAAUGCCAGCAACUCCCAGCUCUCCAAUGUACGUCGAUUGAUAUUGCUGCUACAUCAAACUCUAGAAAAAGGGCUGAGAGAAAACAAGCUGUAAAGAAUUUUCAUCACAUAUUGCAGUGUUUUUAAUGCUCGCCCAGACACCAUGUGCAAUAAUAUUGGUGUUAUUUCCAUCCUGUCUGUAUACUGUUGUCACAUAUAAAGUGCAUCCCUGUAAUACCUGAUCACACAGUGUUAGUGUUGGUCAAAGAGAGACCUCAUCUUGCUCUUUUGUGGACAUAUUCAUGAAAUGUGGAAAUAAGUACAUUUAUUUGUUGACCGUGAUUGGAUAGCACCUAAAAUUCAUUUCUAGACUCAAAACUUGGAGACUUCUCAGCAGCUACUGGAAAGAUUUUUCUCUCAAACUCUUCCAAUUGUUGUUUCAAGUAAUAAUAAAAAGCAAACAAACAAAAGUUAGGCGUUGUCUGUCUGAACAUUAAGAGACUUUGCCUGGAGGGAGAAGAACUUGCUUAACCAACAAGAUGCUUUGCCUUCUGGAGCUAGAAAGGCAAAGGAGAAUUUUAUUCUUCACAAAGUGCAAUAGAUUUACUGCUAUGAAAUUCUGUUGCUUUACAGUCGCAGUGUACUUUCUGGGGACAGUGUGCUCAGCUGAACUUCCUGUUAAAGAGAGAUCAUGUUAAAUAUAGUGAAUAUGUCUUUACCAAAAAUAUGUUGCGUUGAAAGAGGCUAACGUUAAACUAUUCAGAGAUGGGACAUAAUGUAUUCUUUCUCCUUUUACCAAGCCAGCCACUCUUCACUCUUAACUAGGUGUCCUGUAAAUUGUUACCUGGUAAGAUAAGACCUUUGACCUGAAGAAUUAUUAAACUACUCAAUUGAAUUUAA